AUGCUGAGCCAUAAGCUUGUGGAGCCUUACGACUGGAAUGGGCUCAUUCGGCCAACCUGCAUUCACGAUGAAUGGUCCGGGUGGAUCUGCUGCAGCAGCGUUUGUCCCUCAAUGCACUUGCGGGCGUUGAGGCCAGAUGCUUCUGCUGCGGAGAUUAACGAGGCAGUGGGCUGCAGUACUUCCGAGUUCCAAACGGUCUUCAAAGAAUACGCUUUGCAGAGAGGUCCUGUUGGCACCUGCGAAGCGGUUGGGAUCUCAGUCUUGCACAUCGGCCUCGCGUUCCACUGCAAAUGGCCUCGGCUAAUAUGCCCGUUCGUGGAAGGGCACGAAAUCGAGCAGGAAUCUGGGUCCAAAAUCGAUUUUCAAGUUGGUUUUACCAUGUUUCAGCCUCUCCUGGCAUCUGGGGCCCGUGAGUCGACCUUAGCCUCGCCGACAUCAAAACAAGAAGCCAAGCCGGCCCGCAAAGCAAAGCCGAAAGCAAAGAGCGCACCAAUCGCAGCCGCCAAAUCUUCGCCGGUUCCAUCGCCACCGCCCAUUGAGAAGGCGACCUUCGAUGGAGCCAAGCUGGCGCUUGAGUUGCUGGAGGCUGCAACCACUCAGCUGUUGCGGCGUAGGGGCUGGUUCCGCGACGUGCGGUUGAGACGAUCUGCUGACGCAUACAUGCGAAGCAGUAAAGUAUUUCAAAAAGCUUCAUCGCGUCAAGCGGCCAGUUCUGGCAAGGCUGACAAGGGUUUUGAGAAGCCAGGGCCAAAAGAGCUGGCCGCAUACGAAGAGGAGCUGCAAGCCCACCUCGAAGGGCUCAGAAAGAAACUUGGGACCACCCCCAUGAAUGAGAGCCGUGAAAUCAGCCUCAAAUCUGCGGGUCCUGGCCAAGUCAUCGGAGCCAAGCUCAAGGGCCUCAAGAAGAGAGCUGCUGAGCUUGAGAAGAAGCCGCGGUCGGUCAUCAAAGGCGACUUCCCUGCAGUUGGACAAUGGUUGGUAGGUAUGCAGGAUUCAAAGGGCAUGCUCCAGACUUUAGGGCGACACCAGGUUUUGGUGGCCCCCUAA